CUUUUCCACUACAAGUAGGCACAAUGCUACUAGUUUUACUUUGUUCUACUUCAAAACAAGUUAAUUAUUUUCAAAAGAACAAUCACGGCCAUGUUCCCGGUUAGAUUAUCAUUUUCCCUCCGUUUUCUGCUGCGCUGGGCUCACUCUUCCUCUGCGGAUCUGCCAGUCCCACAACCACUCAAAGGAACUGAUGAAUUUCCCGCCAACAAUAAACUAGAAACCCAAGGCCAAAACGAACUAAAUAAUGAACCGCGAUUCAUACGCCUCCAAAAGGAUUUUAAACUCCAUCAGUUGACAGAGGGCCCCCAAAUGAUGGUUCCCCUGAAUAAAGUGGAUGCCCUGCGGUACUAUCGCCAACUGCUGGCCCUUCGUCGUUUGGAAACGGCAGCCUCGAAUCUUUACAAGGAGCGAUUAAUACGCGGAUUCUGUCAUUUGUACACUGGCCAAGAGGCUUGUGCCGUGGGAAUUCGGGCCGCGAUGGGGGAACAGGAUAAAAUCAUUUCAGGAUAUCGGAUACACGGCUGGGCGUACAUGAUGGGUGUGUCUGCAAAGGGUAUCCUCGCUGAACUUACCGGACGUUUAACAGGUAGCGUAUUUGUAUUUAAAUUAAAUACAUGUUGAUUUAGAAUACACAUUUUUAUUUAGAAAAUUCAAAAACUAGCUGGAAAGUAUUUGAAAGAUGGAUCAGUAGCUUUAGCUCUCUAUGGCGACAGUGCUGCUAAUCAGGGGCAACUUUUCGAGACCUUUAACAUGGCGCAACUUUGGAAACUACCCAUCAUUUUCAUAUGCGAAAACAACAACUAUGGUAUGGGUACAAGUUCAGAUCGAUCCUCCAGCAACAGUGAAUUUUACAAACGAGGGGAUAAACUACCAGGUAUUCAAGUAGAUGGGCAAGAUAUUUUGGCAGUAAAAAGUGCAACUACAUUUGCCAUACAACAUGCCAAAGAAAUAGGUCCUUUAAUACUGGAACUUAAAACCUAUCGGUAUGUUGGUCAUUCCAUGUCGGAUCCUGGGACGAGUUAUAGGAGUAGAGAGGAAAUUCAAAAAGUUCGAUUGGAACGAGAUCCCAUAAAGAGUUUUCAGCAGGUUUGUAUGGAAUCUAUGAACGUUUCUCUAGAUGAAAUCAGGGAACUGGAUGAGCUGGUGAGAAUUGAAAUUGAGGAGGCCACACAAGCAGCGAAAAGUGAUGAGGAACCCAAUUUACCACACCUCUGGAGCUAUGUCUACUCGGGUUAUUAUGAAGGAUACUUAAGGGGUAUCAGAGGGCAGCCAUUGAAACAUAAAAGAUUGCUACAAACAGAUGACUCGAGAGUUGGCACUAAAUCUUAAAAUUCGUAGUUUAAGACAACAAUCUUAAAAUAAUUUUAAUAUAAUAUAAAUAGACAUAAGCCCUUCCAUUUUGUAAGAAAAAUCUUAAUUAAAAUUUUGUUUGACUCAUGAACCAAACUCAACACUUUCUUGGAUUUUCUAUCUUUGAGAAAUCAAAACUGUCUUUAACUUUGAACCCUGCACAUCCUCAUCAUAACUUUCAUUAGCACUUGUGUGUGCUCUAUUUAAUUUAUGCUAAAUGAUCAACGGCUGCUGCUUAUGUCUACGUUUUAUUUUUAUUUUCCCGGCAAAACGAAAACAAUAAUUCAGGACUGCGAGCUGCUGCUGAAACAGCAGAAAGCGAAGAAAAAAUUGUAACGGCUCAAGAAAAAAAAUGAAAAAAAGGGUAAGCAGGAAAAGGAAGUGUACACACAGACAUACACACGCAUGUGACCCAUUGGAGGCAGGCCCUGGCUUCCCCCUUCUCGCCCACACCCACGCACUCAUUUGCCUUUGCACUCACGUCUGUGUAAUUUAUGCCAAAAAACAGUAUGCAUUGAUGUACCCUAGCAGCGCACAAUUGAAAUGGGUAUUUAAGAAUAUGCCGGGUAAACUAAAAUUAAGAUGAUCUUAAACAAAAUGCACAUCUAAUAACAAUAAAUGCACAACAAUAGCUAACAAGAUAAUUUUAUGUUGAUUUGAUAAAUAUACGUUCAGGAUAUUAACUAUUAAUAAUUUAGUAAGAUACAAACAAAAUUGCAAUUAAAUUAAUCCUCACAAAAAAGAUUUUAUCUAAAGUUAUUUCCCAUAAAGUCUGGUUUAGUUUCCGAAAAUAAAUAAAAUAAAAAUAAUCAUUAGGGCAGAUGUAAUUUAAAUUCUAAGAUUUUA